AUGAGAAUUCCGUUUGCAGUCGGUCUCGUUUUCAUUGUACUCUAUAUUUCAUAUAAAACCUCUGAAAGAUACAAUGUCAUCGGAUAUACUUCUAAAUUCAUUUCUGAAAAAUUUGGAGUUUCUCAGAAUUCUGGAAACUAUUCCUCAUUUUUCGACCUAAAAUUCAGAUUGCCGGAGGCUUUGAGAAAUAUUAUUUUGGAAUUGGAAGGUGGAGAUGCUGCGGAGAAUGGGACAGUUGUGUUAGUGACACCUGAAGAUUUCAAAACGACAGUAGUGAAAGUAGCAAAUGGGACUAUUGUGAAAGAAAAACUAAAAACCGCUCUUCAAGAUGUCUGCCAAUGUUACGAAGGCAAUUGUGCAUGCUGCGUGAUAGUCGAUAUCCCAGAUUUCAGCCAUUCAGUUUGUGUAAAUGCCACGUACAAUCCAAAGUUAAUUGGUUUGGAUUUGGCAAUUGGAUUUGAUGGUCACUACUUCAUGCAAGAUAUUAGCCUUCGAAACCCUCCUCCGUUCUGCUUCUCCCUUCCAAUUCCUGGAGCUGAUCCUCAGAUGUGUGUGGCCUUCAAGAAUAUGGACGUAGAUCAAAAAGCGGAAGUUCUGACAGGAUGCAUCGAACUAGACAUCGACUUCUUUCAUUUGAGACUAAUCAAUAUUGAUUUGGGAUGUUUUAAAAUGCCAAUUUAG